UAAAUAAAAAUAAUAAUUAAAUUAUACUAUAAUAAAAACAACAGUAGAAUAGUAAUAGAAUAAUAAAUAAUAAAUGUGAAUGAAUAUUAACGUGAACCCGUGGUCUGACUGUUCUGUAGAUUUAGUCUCAGAUUCAUGUUAAUCCUAAUCCGUAAAACCUCUUCUUGUAAGAAACUUACAAAAAGGCUAAAAAUACGCAUACAUCGGUGACGUCACACGCGGGUCCCCCCUGAGUCGGUUGAGUUGACCACAGGCGGUGGUGAGGUGCGGGACACCCAGCUGGAGCAGGAGAAGCAGGAGGAGGAGGCGCCUGCGUCCCUCCAUCACCCCCCAGGCUCCUUGACUCUCUGAGCGCCGGGACAAACCUGACUGUAGCGGACUCCCAUCACUGGACUGGACUCCUUCAAACUCCUGCUGUGGGAUUACUGACGUGUUCGGACGUUACUCCUUCUCCUCCUGCGCCUCCUCUCCACGCUCCGUGCUCAGUUUGGGACCCGCAGCUUGUUUUACACGGUAGCUGGAGUGAACCUCCUGCAGGAGAGCGGACACAGUCGGCCUGAGGAGACGUCAACUUCGGCUGCUCGUCGUACACCUCCUCCCACGGGCGCAGAGAAGAGUGUGAGAGCUGGAGCGAGGGAACGUGGGAAAGAGGGAGACGAUGUACCAAGUGCUGCUCCUCUCCUCCUCCCUCCUCGUACUGCAUGUGAUGGGUACUCCCCAGUACUUGGCUCACCACGGUAGGAGGGUGUGCGGUGGUGAUCUCCGACGCAGUGUCGUCAUGACGACGGAGUCCUUCGUCCGACCCGUUCACAAGCCCUACAUCACCCUGUGUCAGGGCCAUCGUCUGUGCAGCACUUACACGACGGUGUAUUCCGUGGCUUAUCGGCAGGUGAGCAGAUCGACGUCUUCUACCUAUUCCUACCCCGAGUGCUGCCCCGGCUGGAGGAGGUUUCAUUCUCACAACUGCAACCAAGCUGUGUGUGGACAGACCUGUAUGAACGGAGGAACCUGCUUGAGACCCAACCACUGUGGUUGUCCACUGGGAUGGACAGGCCCCCGGUGUCAGCUAGAUGUGGACGAGUGCGGGGGGCGGAGGCCGUGUGCCCAGGAGUGCGUGAACACAGCUGGCAGCUAUCGAUGUGCGUGUAGAGACGGCUUCACGCUGGCCGCAGACGGCCGCUCCUGUCAGAGCCGUCCUCCUUCUCCACCUUCUCCAGCUCCACCUCCCUCUCCUCCCCACAGUCGGGGGACGGUGGGUGGUCCCACUGACGCAGGUGGACAGUUCAAGCUGGUGGAGAACGUGACAGAGGAGGUGCAGAGUCUGAGGAGCAGAGUGGAGCUGCUGGAGAGGAAGUUACAGAUGGUCCUGACCCCGGUCACCAGCUACUUCCAGCUGUCAUUGGACGAGGGCAUGUCAGAGAAAACCACCUUACUCUCCCACUCAUUCCGGCAACUAGACCGCAUCGAAUCGCUCAGUGAGCAGAUUGGCUUCCUUGAGGAACGUCUUGGCACAUGUUCCUGUCAGGAGAAUUAACCAGAGGAAAAGACGUCUCCCACAAAAGACGCAAGCCUGUCGGAGGAGGUCGGAGGGGGAGAGAGAGAGAGAAAGAGAGAGAGAGAGAGAGAGAGGGAGAGAGGAAUGGCAUUGAUCCAACAGAGCCUCUGUCUUUGUUAAACUGUGACACAAUCAUGACAUCAAUCAUCUUUUUUUUUUUUUUUUUCCUAAAUUCCCAAACGGUUCGUUCUCGGCUGUCAGGUUCUGCUGCUGCUCCAGUCAGUCUACCUGUGGCAGGUCAGUUUCACACUUACAUCAUCCCUGCACCAGGAAUGGAGCGGAACGUCACGAGGUGGAAGGUCAACCUGACCACUUUGUUUCUGUGUUUGUUUUGCAUCGGUGCAGCUGUGUCCUCUCAGUCUGUGUCCCACACCGUCCCGGGCCAGACGUGGACAUCUGUAUUUAUCUAUUUAAAUUAUAACAUAUAACAGUAUCAUUCUCAGUGUGCAGAUAAACUUUUUUUUUAACCUAUUUUUGUAACAUUUUGUAAUAAAAAUGUCUUAAUCCAAA